AUGUCGACGCCGAAAAUAGAAAGAAUAGGCGAAAGAUUAUUUGCUUAUCUCAUUACUACUUAUUAUUAUCGUUUUCGGGAAAAAUUAGGCUUCCUUUACGGAAAAUUACAACCCGAACCAAUCAUUAGAUUUGGUGGUCUGGUUUUAGAAAAACCUUAUUUUAAUGAAGAAACUGGCAAAGUAGAAGUCCGACAGGGAUUUCACGAAAAAGAACCUUUAUUGGUUUUAGGUGAUAAUUUUACCAUUCCCACCCGCACUGUUUACCUUAAUGAAUUGUUUCUCUAUUACCAAUUAGGAUUAAGACACUAUUACGAAGAAAAAAAUGAGUUUGAAAAACACUUCGGCUUCAAGGCCUUUAUUUAUGUGUUGGCUCAUGAAAUAGUUCAUGCAAUUUUAAUUGAUUAUGCUCCCGAGGAAGAAGAGCAUGGUGAUUUGCAUAAGAAAUUAGUGACGGAGAUGGUGAAAAUGAUUAAGGCUUCUGCCGAAUAUCAAGCAUUAAAAAAGUUUUGGAAAUAA